AUGGCCUGGGGCGAGCUGUUGGAGAUACCUAAAAAGAAGGAUCUAUUCAGAUUGGGUUACAAACCAAUUGAUAAAGAGGUUCAAGAGACCAAUCAGAAGAAGAUUUGCACUCUCCAAGAAACUUUCCACAAUGGUGGGUACAGAAAUGAAGAUCAUGUGGUUGCAGUUGAAGAAGAAAAUGAAGAGAUGCUCAAUUUGUAUGUCACUCAAAAAGCCAUCAAAGGGAGUGUGUUGUCAGAUUAUCUCGCUCAUCAACCUAUGAAGGGUUAUAAGCCUAUGAGGUUUGACUUUCCAGAUGAAGAUAUCCUAUUUAUCAGAGACUAUGAAAUCCCUGGCCCUGACGAAGGACACGAACUAGAAUCGCGAUGGACACUCGUGUUCAAUGGUGCUUCAAAUGCACAAGGUCAUGGCAUCGGAGAAAUCAUCACUUCUCCAGAAGGCUUUCAUAUUCCUUUCAUAGCAAGAUUAUGUUUCGACUACACCAAAAACAUGGCAGAAUAUGAAGCAUGUAUCUUCGAAAAUGAAGCAGCCAUUGAUCUAAGGAUUAAAAUCCUUAAGGUAUACAAAGGUUUAGCUUUAUUGAUCAGUCAAAUCAAGGGGGAAUGUGAAACUCGUGGCCAUAAGUUGAUUCGAUACAAGAAACAUGUAUUGAAGUUGAUUCCCUACUUUGAUAAAAUCAAUUUUCAUCAUAUUCUUAUGGAAGAAAAUAAACUAGCAGAUGUUAUGGCUACUUUGUCUUCCAUGUUCCAAGCUAAGUGGGGCAAUGAAGCACCCUCCAUAAGAAUCAAACACCUGGAUGAACUAGCAUAUUGUUUAGAAACUGAGGGAGAAACCGAUGAUAAACCUUAG